GCAUGCGCCCUAACAGCUGCCCUUUUGCCACGUACUUCCUUCAGGUCCAGUCAGAUCUGUCUCCCAGGUACGACUUUUUCACCAAAAAUGAAGGUUUUCGCCGCAAUUUUCGCCACUUUCGUGGCCCUGUCCUUGGCAGGAGACUACACAGAAGAGGAAGACGUCCUGGUUUUGACCAACGACAACUUCGAGAAGGCGAUAGAGGAGUUUGAAAACAUCCUCGUCGAGUUUUAUGCGCCGUGGUGUGGACACUGCAAGGCGCUGGCUCCAGAGUACGCCAAGGCCGCGGGAAGUCUGAAGGAGAAGGAGUCGGCCAUCAAGCUGGCCAAGGUGGACGCCACCGUGGAGUCCGACAUCGCUCAGAAGUUCGAAGUACGUGGCUACCCCACCAUGAAGUUCUUCCGCAACGGCAAGCCCAUGGACUACGGCGGCGGUCGCCAGGCUGACCAGAUCGUGACGUGGCUGGAGAAGAAGACCGGUCCCCCCGCCGCCAACCUGGAGUCCGCCGAGGCUGCCGAGAAACUGAAGGAGGACAAUGAAGUCCUGGUCGUUGGCUUCUUCAAGGACCAAGAGAGCGACGCUGCCAAGGCGUUCCUGGAAGUGGCCAGGUCUGAUGACGAGACGACCUUCGCUAUCACGUCCACAGACGAAGUCUUCGAAAAGCUGGAGGGCAAAGAUGGAGGUGUCGUCUUGUUCAAGAAGUUUGACGAAGGGCGUAACGACUAUGAGGGAGACAUCGCUGAGGAGGAGCUGAAGCAGUUCAUCAAAGGCAAUAGCCUGCCACUGGUGGUGGAGUUCACAGAAUCGACCGCCCAGAAGGUUUUCGGUGGUGAAGUGAAGAACCACAACCUCCUGUUCAUCAGUAAGGACCACGAGAACUUUGACAGCAUCUUGGAACAGUUCAAGGGCGCUGCUGCCGACUUCAAGGGCAAGGUUUUGUUUAUCUACAUCAACGUUGACAACGAGGACCACGCCCGUAUCCUGGAGUUCUUCGGUCUGAACAAGGACGAGUGUCCGCAGGUCCGGCUCAUUUCUCUGGAUGAGGACAUGACCAAGUACAAGCCUGAGACGGAGGAGAUCACCACAGACAACAUGAAGGCCUUUGUGCAGGGAUUCAUCGACAAGACAAUUAAGCCUUUCUUGAUGAGCCAGGAUGUUCCAGAGGACUGGGAUAAGGAGGGAGUGAAGGUUCUUGUGGGGAAGAACUUUGCUGAGGUUGCGUUGGAUGAGAACAAGGCCGUGCUGGUUGAGUUCUAUGCGCCUUGGUGCGGACACUGCAAGCAGCUGGCCCCCAUCUACGACGAGCUGGGUGAGAAGUUCAAGGACAGUGAGGACAUUGUCGUCGCCAAGAUGGACUCCACGGCGAACGAAGUGGAAGAUGUUAAAAUCCAGAGCUUCCCCACCAUCAAGUAUUUCCCCAAAGGAAAAGAUUCCCAGGUUGUUGAUUACAACGGGGAGCGGACAUUAGAGGCCAUGGCAAAGUUCCUAGAAUCAGGCGGCAAAGAGGGAGCAGGGCCAAGUGAUGAGGAGGAAGGUGAUGAGGAAUUCGAAGGUGAUGAGGAAUUUGGAGACGGCGAAUUUGAUGAUUUUGAUGAGCAAGACGAAGAUCUAGAUUGGGAACUUGAAGAGGCAGAAGACGCAGAUGCAGAUGCAGAGGGAACAAAGGACGAACUCUGAGCCCCUCACCACCUCCAGUCACCAGCUGUGCAGCUCCAGUCAUUCCCUGUACCCACCACUCCCCAGCGCCCCCUUCCAACACCGCGACGAACUGCACCCCCCAUCCCUCUGCUGCUGGUCUAGUCUUAUGUUGCACACACACUGACACACACACACACUGUCAUCAACAGCAGAGGGAUUGGCUGUGCACUUCGUCUGGCAGCAACUGGGUUUGGAUUAGCUACGUUUCCGCACGCUUUUUGCUCCACGUGACUUUUGUGCAGUAAAACAUGGGGGAAAAGGCAGUGUCAUGGUACUGUACUCGGUUUUAGCUGUGAGAGAUUAUAUAAGAAUGAUGAUAAUAAUAAUAAUAAUACUGUGUUCUGUUCAAUUUCUGCUUUAACAACUUGAUACUAGACAGUUUGAUUCUGGGGAAAGAUGUACGUAAUGAGGCAUUUUGUCAAUUCCCAUGAAAUAAUAGAUAUGCUUUAGGAUAGGAAAUGCUAGCUUUUGGAGUAUAUUUCUACGUCAAUUAUUAAGAAUGUCACCCUUGUGUCAUUACAGAAUAAGUAUAUAAGAUGUAUAGUGAAGAUACCCUUAUGGGAAUAUGUAACAUGCCAGGAAUUUAGGCAUGUGAUUCUGACUUCCAGACUGUUUAAUUGUUUCGUUUGGUGCCGUUAUUUUGAACAAAGCACUUCUUAUGUAAGUGAGAGCUUGCGUUUGUGUGAUGUUCACUGUUGUAACGUUACAGUUAUAAGAUAUAGACGACCUUUGGCGUAAUUUAAAAGAGUACAGUUCUAAGUGCCAUGCAAUUGUUCUGUCCAGGCGUUCUGCCCAGUGGUGAGUAGUAUAUGCUGAAGAGUCCAGGUCACAUUUGGUGGGAGGACCCUGGACAAUACAAAGAGGUUAUGUUCCCAGUUUUAAUCACCCCCCCCUGCCCUCUAGAUAGGUGAAGGAAUAUAAUUUUGUUGUCAAAGAUUUGUUAUAGAAAAAAAUUCAUAUGGUGGUGAGAAGCCAAUAACGGGAGUAAAAUGGA